GUGAUUUUUUUUUUCCUUGGGAAUGCAGCAAUUUGUCGAGAGCAGAGAAAUCCUCUGUGUUUGACUGGGCAGAGCCGCCCCUCCCGGUGCGAGCUGCGGAGAAGUUGGGGAAGGGAGGAAGGUGGAGGGAUGAGCAGGGAUGGCUGGAAGCAGCUCGAAUGAGGCUGGAGAGCCCCGGGGAGAAGCCGCUGCUGGCGGGGCUGGAGCCAAGCGCAGAAUCAGGGGAAGAAAGGAGCCUUAAAUCCCCGCGCUCUGGGAAAAGGGAGCAAAUACCGUGUUAAUGGAUCAGGUUCUGGUGAAUAAAGAAGAAAAGAAGCUGUAAGAUCAGGAAGGCUCUUUUUUAUUAUAAGGAGGAGAACAUUCCUCAUCCUUUAGUUCCCUUGGAUCCGGAGUGAAUGACUUUAGAGCUGCAAGAGUUUAAGCUCAUCGGAGGAAAACGGUGCUUUUUAAUUUUUUUCUUUUUUUUUUUUUUUUCCUUCCCGAAUAUUUUUGCUGGGGAAAAGAUUUGGAAAUGAGACUCGGAGCCAAGAGAAUCCGUGGAGAGCAAAUGUAACCUUUUCUAGGCUAGGAAGCAGUGGCCAGCGGGCAGAAAUAAUCCGAAUUCGUGCGAGUCGGGCGGAGGAGAGCGCAGAGCCGAGCCGAUCCCGGCGCUCGGGAUGUAGGAGCCGCGGCGGGACUGGGAGCGCCGGGCACAUUCCCACGGCCGGGAAUCCAGCGCUGCGAUCCGCCUCCCGGGGGUCGCGGGGCGCCGCUCGGGCAGCGCCCGCGCCGGAGGUCCGGAGCGUCCUUGGGAUGCUCGGCAGCUCGGACCGACUCCGGGGGAUCCGCCGGGAAUAAAACCGCCUCUGAGGAGCCUUCGGGCAGCCGCGGAGCUCGGGAAUCGUCCCCGCGGGCCAGGCGCACAGCGGGCAGGGCGAGCAUCCCCCCGCGCUGCCCCGAGCGCUGCCCGGGCACCGGGGCUCGGCCCGGCCCUGGAUCGCCGCACGACCCCGCUCCCGUCACUCGGACAUCGCCGCCGCGGCGGCCCCGGAGCGAAGGGAUGGCAUGGCACGGGCACGGGCACGGGCACGGGCACGGCGGCAUCCCCGAAUUCCCCCCGCGAGGAACGCGCCGAGGCAGCGGAUUCAUCCCUCCCCCGAGCCACGGCAGGAGCCGCGAGCGGGGCCGGCGCCGGCGCCUGGUGUCCCUGCUGCAGAACCCGAGCCUGCUCUGCAGAGUAUGCUGCUUGGAGAUGACAAGCAAAAGGAAGCUGAUCGGCCGCCUGGUGCCGUGCCGCUGUUUCCGCGGCGAGGAGGAGAUCGUCUCCGUGCUGGAUUAUUCCCACUGUGGCCUGCAGCAGGUGCCAAAGGAGGUCUUCAACUUCGAGAGGACCCUGGAGGAGCUUUACCUCGAUGCCAACCAGAUUGAGGAGCUUCCCAAGCAACUGUUCAACUGCCAAGCCCUGCGGAAGCUGAGCAUCCCCGACAACGACCUGUCCAGCCUCCCGACGUCCAUCGCCAGCCUGGUCAACCUCCGCGAGCUCGACAUCAGCAAGAAUGGCAUCCAAGAUUUCCCAGAAAACAUUAAGUGCUGUAAGUGUUUAACAAUAAUCGAAGCCAGCGUCAACCCUGUGUCCAAGCUGCCAGAUGGCUUCACACAACUUCUAAAUUUGACCCAGCUCUAUCUAAACGAUGCCUUUUUGGAGUUUCUUCCAGCUAACUUUGGAAGACUUGUCAAAUUGCGAAUUUUGGAGUUAAGAGAAAACCACUUGAAAACUCUACCAAAGUCAAUGCACAAACUGACUCAGCUGGAGAGGCUCGAUCUGGGCAAUAAUGAGUUCUCUGAGCUGCCUGAGGUUCUUGAACAAAUCCAGAAUCUGAAGGAGUUGUGGAUGGACAAUAACUCCUUGCAAGUGCUACCUGGGUCUAUAGGGAAGUUAAAACAGCUCGUGUACCUGGAUGUGUCCAAAAACAGGAUCGAGACGGUCGACCUGGACAUCUCAGGCUGUGAGGGGCUGGAGGAUCUCCUCCUCUCCUCCAACAUGCUGCAGCAGCUGCCCGAUUCCAUAGGAUUGUUGAAGAGACUGACAACUCUGAAAGUGGAUGACAACCAGCUCACCAUCCUGCCCAAUGCCAUUGGAAACUUGUCCCUGCUGGAGGAAUUCGACUGCAGCUGCAACGAGUUGGAGUCGCUGCCCUCCACCAUCGGGUACCUGCACAACCUGCGCACCCUGGCCGUGGACGAGAACUUCCUCCCGGAGCUGCCCAGAGAGAUUGGGAGCUGUAAGAACGUGACUGUGAUGUCCCUGCGCUCCAACAAACUGGAAUUUCUGCCCGAUGAGAUUGGCCAGAUGCAGAAGCUGAGGGUGUUAAAUCUGAGUGAUAACAGACUGAAGAAUUUGCCCUUCACUUUUACCAAACUCAAAGAACUGGCUGCCUUGUGGCUUUCUGACAACCAGUCCAAGGCCCUGAUCCCGCUGCAGACCGAGGCGCACCCCGAGACCAAGCAGCGCGUGCUCACCAACUACAUGUUCCCCCAGCAGCCCCGCAGCGACGAAGAUUUCCAGUCUGACAGUGACAGCUUCAACCCCACUCUGUGGGAGGAGCAGAGGCAGCAGAGGAUGACGGUGGCCUUCGAAUUCGAGGACAAGAAGGAAGAGGAGGAGAAUCCAGGGAAAGUCAAGGUGGAGAUAAACCUCAAACGUUACCCCACGCCAUACCCCGAGGAUCUGAAGAACAUGGUGAAAUCCGUGCAGAACCUGGUGAGCAAACCCAGCCUGGGGGUGCGGCCCGAGAACUCGGCCCCAGCUGCCACCACCGACCCCACGGGCAAGGACAAGUACGAGCACAAGUGGCCCCUGACCCCCAAGGAGAUCUCCGUGGAGGAUGCCUUUGGACAUCCUGGCAGCGAGAUGAGGAUAGGGGAGCUCCGUCCUUCCAUGCCCGAGACGCCGCUCUACCCCCCAAAACUCGUCCUGCUGGGUAAAGACAAGAAAGAGUCGACAGAUGAGUCUGAAGCAGAUAAGAUCCAUUGUCUGAAUAACAGCGUUUCCUCAGGCACUUACUCAGACUAUUCCCCUUCCCAGGCUUCCUCAGGGUCCUCCAACGCGCACGUAAAAAUGGGCUCCCUGCAGACCACGGCUAAAGAAGCAGUGAAUAACUCUUUGUGGGGGAACAGGCUGGCCCAGUCGUUCCCACAGCCCCUGGAGACCAAGCCAUUGCUGAGCCAGCGGGAAGCGGCUCCGGCCGGGAAUGUUCCGGCGCGCCCGGAGCGGCGCCCGCUGAGCGACGCCUUCGCCGACAGCUGGAACGACAGCUCCCACUACGACAACACGGGAUUCGUGGCCGAGGAGAGCGCGGCAGAGAACGCCGGCACCAACCCCCUGCUGAGCACCAAAUCCAGGAGCUCCUCCGCCCACGGGCGCCGGCCGCUGAUCCGGCAGGACAGGAUCGUGGGGAUCCCCCUGGAGCUGGAGCAGCCCGCGCUCAGAAACACACACGACUCUGAAGUGCCUCCUCCCAAUCCUUGGCAAAAUUGGACCAGAACCCCCAGUCCUUUCGAAGACAGGACAGCUUUUCCUUCCAAACUGGAAAGCACCCCCAACACCAGCCCUUUGCCCGAGAGGAAAGAUCACGUCAAGGGGUCUCCCGAAAUGACGAGCACUUUCACUCCAGGAAUUCCGUGGGAAUAUCAGGACGCCAACGCUAACAGGAGCCUCACGAACGUCUUUUCCCACAUGCACUGUCGCCCAGACCCUUCCAAAAACGUCAUCUCCAUCAGCAAGAGCACGGAGCGGCUCUCCCCGAUGAUGAGGGAUUUAAAAACGAACAAGUUUAAGAAGUCGCAGAGCAUCGACGAGAUCGACAUCGGUGCGUACAAGGUGUACAACAUCCCCCUGGAAAACUAUGCAUCCGGGAACGACACCGUGGGCCCCCACGAGAGGGUGGACAAGCUGCUGGGCCCGGAGCACGGCGUGCUGAGCAUGUCCCGCAGCCAGUCCGUGCCCAUGCUGGACGACGAGCUGCUGACCUACGGCAGCGUCAAGGUGCAGCCGCAGCACAAGGCGUCGGUCACCAAGAAGGUUUACCAGUUCGACCAAAGCUUCAACCCCCAGGGCGCCGUGGAGCUCCCGGCCGACAAGCGGCUCCUGCCGCCCUUCCAGCUCCACGCCGAGUACCUGCCCCAGCCGGCCAAGAGCCUGCCGCAGGAGCUGGUGAGCCCGCGGGGCUACCGCGGCUACGGGCCCGUGGAGCCCAUGUUCUCCUUCUCGCAGCCCUCGGUCGGCGAGGAGCCGCCGGCCCCGUUCCCCGGCCAGGCCGCGCGCCCCGGCUUCCCGCGCAGGGCGGACUCGCUGGCCAGCUCGGCGGAGGUGUCGGUGUUCCGCAGGGUGGGCGAGCCCCAGGAGCUGCCCCCGGCCGACAGGUACGGCCGGGCCGCGUUCCGCGGCGCCCCGGAGCGCCAGGGCGGCGUGGCCGUGCCCGAGGCCCAGUUCCUCAAGCGCAACGGGCGCUACGAAGACGAGCACCCUUCCUACCAGGAAGUGAAAGCCCAGACCGGGAGCUUCCCCGUUAAAAACCUCACGCAAAGGAGGCCCCUGUCGGCACGAAGCUACAGCACAGAGAGCUACGGCACGGCCCAAACGCGGCCGGUCUCAGCGAGGCCCACCAUGGCAGCUCUGCUGGAAAAGAUUCCGUCAGACUAUAACUUGGGUAACUAUGGCGACAAGCCUUCCGAUAGCAGUGAUAUAAAGCCGAGGCCUCCCCCUGGGAAGGGAAAUGAGAGCUGUGCUAAAAUGCCCGCUGACUGGAGACAACAGCUACUUAGACAUAUAGAAGCUAGAAGGUUAGACAGGAGCGCUGCUUACAAACACCACACAGUUAGCCUUGGCAUGCUGCACUCUGGAGGGGUUUCAGCCAUGCAUGCCGGCCGAAGCAUGACUUUAAACUUGCAGCCUAAAUCUAAAUUUGAAAACCAAAUGCUUCAAGAGCUACCUCUACCGAAAACCCCGUCGCAGCAGAGCAGCCUCCUGGACAACGGGCAGGACGACGUGGCCGUGGGCAGCCCCUGGAACCCCUACCCGCUGGGCCGGCGGGACGUGCCCCCCGACACCGUCACCAAGAAGGCAGGUAGCCACAUCCAGACGCUGAUGGGCUCGCAGAGCCUGCAGCACCGGAGCCGGGAGCAGCAGUACGAGGGCAGCAUGAACAAGGUGACCAUCCAGCAGUACCAGCCCCCCCUGCCCAUCCAGAUCCCGUCCUCGCAGGGCUCCCGGGCCCCCCAGCCCCAGCGGUGCCUCAUCCAGACCAAGGGCCAGCGCAGCACCGACGCCUACCAGGAGCAGUUUUGUGUGAGGAUAGAGAAGAAUCCCGGCCUCGGGUUCAGUAUCAGCGGUGGAAUAAGUGGACAAGGAAAUCCAUUCAAACCUUCUGAUAAGGGUAUCUUUGUUACUAGGGUUCAGCCUGACGGCCCUGCCUCCAGCCUGCUCCAGCCCGGAGACAAAAUCCUCCAGGCCAACGGACACAGCUUUGUACACCUGGAACACGAGAAGGCUGUGCUCCUACUGAAGAGUUUCCAGAACACAGUAGACUUAGUUAUCCAACGUGAGCUUACUGUCUAAAUAUUUUUUUAUAAAUAGUAAAUAUGUCUAGCCAGAUCUAAUGUUCAAAAGGAUUUAUACAUAGGAAACCAAUUUUUUGCCAAUUGCUGGACCAAUGGCAAACAGUAGUGCCAAAUGUAUAAUACUCUAUGUUAGUACCAAUCAUCGGGAGAAAAUAUAAGAAUUAACUCUAUAAAUAUAUUGUUCAUGUGGCUCCGUA